AUGAAGGCGAUCGUGACCUUGGAAAACGGGCAAUUCACACUGAAGGACGUACCCAUACCUCAGGCUUCGGCGGGUGAGAUCUUGGUCAAAAUUACCGCGAGUGCUCAAAACCCUGUGGACUGGAAGACCGCCCUUUUGCACAAGAAGCCUAACAAUAUACUUGGCUGUGACUUCGCGGGCACAGUAGUUGAGCUCGGACCGGAGGUUCCUGAUACGUUGAGACACGUAGGCGAACGCGUCGCUGGAUGCGUACAGGGAGGGAUAGCUCCCAACGGCGCAUUUGCUGAAUAUGUUGUCAUGCAAGCCGCCCUGGCCAUCGCUCUCCCUGAUUCAGUGUCUUUCGAAGACGGCGCACAACUUGGCGUAGCAUGCUUCACAGCAUGUCUUGCCCUUUACGAUUGUCUCAAACUUCCUACGCCCGACCAUCCCGUUGAAGAGUCGAGCUCCGUGCUUAUAUGGUCCGGCACCUCUGCGACCGGACAGUAUGCCGUUCAAUUUGCGAAGCUGAGUGGUAUGCGAGUUAUCGCGACGGCGUCGCCGAAGCACUUCGAACUCGUCAAGGCUCUCGGGGCAGACGAAGUGUACGACUACGCCAACUCUCAGACCCCGAGGAAGAUAUUCGCCAGUACCCGCGGUUCCCUUCGGCACGCCAUGGACUGUUUCAGUCAAGAUAGAACGCCGAACCAAGUCAGCACGUCGCUGAGCAAGGAGGGCGGCACCAUUGCGACUCUGCUGCCCUAUGUCAGCAGGUCGAAAGGUGUUCAGACGCACCUGGUUCUCGCUUACACUAUUCUGGGGAAGGAGUUGACCUUCCCCUUCGCAUAUCCUGCUGUAGAGGAGCAUCGUCAAAGUGCCAUGGAAUACGCGAAGUUAAUCUCAGCACUCCUGGCGAAAGGGAAGCUCAAGCCCGUUCCAGUCAAAGUGUUCCCUAACGGACUGCAAAGCGUCCAUGACGGGUUUGAAUACAUGGGAGCAGGGAAGGUCCACGCGGAAAAGAUCACGUAUCGGAUUUCAGACACCCCGGGCAUAGAUUAA